AUGGGGCUUGUUGGACACCUUCGAACCGCGCCAACCGUCGUCCCUCCGUUCGCCUCUUCCUUGUACUCUACGCCGCCAACUAAAUCUGACCGCUCUCCUGAACCACCACUUCCAUCCUCCUCCUCCUCCUGUUCCUCUUUCACCACCCCCUCCUCCUACUCCUCCUCCUCCUCAUCCUCCGCUUCUUCAUCCUCCCCACCCUUUUCCUCCUACUCCUGCUCCUCCUCCUCCUCCUCAUGCUGCACUGCCCCAAAGACGGCCGCUCUGGCGGCUAUCACCUACAUCAACACCACACCCAUCCCUGACACAACAGCAGACACCACCCAUCUAACCUCCGACUCCAGAAGUGAAGACCAGGACUACACCUGCCCCCACUGCGACCGCACCUUCACCUCACACAUCCGCCUGGUCGAUCACUUACAAAUCCAUCGCACUGAGACUGGCGAACCAGUGCCUGGAGCUCCAACCUACACCCACCGCACUCGCCUCCACUUCCCGCACGGCUCUCGCACUUUCACGCAUCGCAUGGGCCUAUUCGGCAACAUGCGCAUCCACGAGAGCGGAAUUGACCGCCCUCCCGACUCACCCCCACGCCACACCCCACUCCCACUUCAUCACCCUCUGCGUCCAUCACCGAUAUCGCAGCUGACACCGACACUACCGACUUCACCUGCCCACACUGUCCACGCACAUUCACCUCUCACAUCGGCCUGGUCGGCCACCUGCGAAUCCAUCGCACUGAGACUGGCGAACCAGUGCAUGGAGCCCCAAACUAUACCCACCACACUCGACUCAACUGCCCACACUGCCUUCGCACUUUCAGGCAUCGCAUGGGCCUAUUCCGCCACAUGCGAAUCCACGACGACCUAUGGUAGACAACCGCCGGCUACACCACCCCAUAACACCCUCCCGCCCUGCCUCCACCACCACCCCACCACAUAUGAACACUCACUCACCGCAAGCAGUCAACUGCCACCUCGCACGCAAGUGGGAAGUGUGCAUCUCAACUCGGUCCCCAUGAGGCUUUGGCUACACGGACAACGCGAGUCCGAGACUAUCUCGGCACUUCAAGCGUCGUGGAUAGGAAGGUUGCUGAUUGACGCCCCCACUCGGUUCACGCAGUUCGUCGCGUUGUGUGUGUUUUGUGGACCGGCGGACUGGUGA